GACGUGAUUGGCCAGGAGAAAAUCUCACCAAGCAGCGUAAUAACUGUGAAGUGCCUGAGACAAAUAAAUACCCCAAAUCUCUGAGAGAUCAGAUGCUUCCAGUUCAGAGUUGGCUUUGCGUAGCAACGACGAGAGGAAAACAUGGUCAGCCGAUUUGAACACCCAGCUGGUACCUAUAAGAAGAUUUUUGAGACAUGCGAGGAGCUUGCUGAACCUCUUCCAGCAACAGUUACAGGCAGAAUUCCUUCAUAUUUGAAGGGUAGCCUUCUUCGUUUGGGACCAGGACUCUUUGAGGUUGGAGAUGAACCCUUCUAUCACCUCUUCGAUGGACAGGCCCUUAUGCAUAAGUUUGACCUCAAGAACGGCCAGGUCACCUACUUCAGGAAGUUUGUCAAGACUGAUGCAUAUGUGCGAGCUAUCACAGAGAAGCGUGUGGUGAUCACUGAGUUUGGUACAUUUGCGUACCCAGAUCCCUGCAAAAACAUCUUCUCCAGGUUUUUCUCCUACUUCAAAGGAGUUGAGGUCACAGACAACUGUUUGGUGAAUGUCUACCCUGUAGGAGAAGACUUUUACGCUGUAACGGAGACCAACUACAUUACCAAAGUGAACACUGAUACCUUAGAGACCCUGAAGAAGGUUGACAUGUGCGAUUAUGUCAACAUCAACGGAGUGACAGCCCACCCUCAUAUUGAGAAGGAUGGCACUGUUUACAACAUUGGAAACUGCAUGGGGAAAGGAGCAACACUGGCCUACAACAUCGUCAGGAUCCCCCCCACACAGAAAGACAAGUCGGAUCCCAUUGAGAAGUCCAAAGUGGUGGUGCAGUUUCCCAGUGCUGAAAGGUUCAAGCCCUCCUACGUUCACAGUUUCGGCAUGUCAGAAAACUACUUUGUCUUUGUGGAAACCCCGGUGAAAAUCAACCUGCUAAAGUUUCUGAGUGCCUGGAGCAUCCGCGGCUCCAACUACAUGGACUGUUUCGAGUCCAACGAGAGCCAGGGAACCAACUUUCACAUUGCUAAGAAAGACCCAGGAGAGUACAUCGACCUGAAGUUCAAAGGCGCAGCUAUCGGGAUGUUCCACCACAUCAACACCUACGAGGACCAAGGCUUCAUUGUCGUUGACCUGUGUUCAUGGAAAGGUUUUGAGUUUGUUUACAACUACCUCUGGCUGGCCAAUCUGAGAGCCAACUGGGAGGAGGUAAAGAAGGCAGCCAUGAUGGCGCCCCAACCAGAAGUGCGCCGAUACGUCAUUCCUUUGGAUGUCCACAAGGAGGAACAGGGGAAGAAUCUCGUGAGUCUGCCGUACACCACGGCCACCGCUACGAUGCACGCUGACGGGACCAUCUGGCUGGAGCCUGAGGUGCUCUUCUCUGGACCUCGCCAAGCCUUUGAGUUUCCUCAGAUUAACUACAAGGGGUAUGGAGGGAGGAACUAUUCAUACGCCUACGGCCUGGGUCUCAACCAUUUCAUACCAGACAGGAUCUGCAAGUUGAAUGUGAAAACCAAGGAGACCUGGGUGUGGCAAGAGCCUGACUCAUAUCCCUCAGAGCCCCUGUUUGUGCAGGCUCCCGAUGGGGUCGAUGAAGAUGAUGGAGUGCUGCUUACCAUUGUGGCAGCUCCUGGAUCCCAGAGACCAGCUUACCUCCUCAUCCUCAACGCUAAGGAUCUGUCUGAGGUCGCCAGGGCAGAGGUGGAUUGUUCCAUUCCAGUCACUUUUCACGGGAUGUACAAACCGUGAUCAUCAGUCCAUGUGUGAUCAACCACUACUCUGUAUUAACAGUAAUGAUAAAUAAAAAGCAUCACUGCAACAAUAAAGUAUUACAGGCAGAAAAGGAUUGUUCUGAAGCACAUCAAAGGUGUUCUGACAUUAUGAAUUUGUUCCCAGGAUGUAAAACAGCUGCAUUUGCAAAUGCUUCAGUACGAAUAAACUCCCGUGUUCUGUUCCUG